AUUCUCCAGUCUUCCCUCCUCAAGCCGCCUAUGAAUCCCCUCACCCGCCCUGCAAAGCCCUGCCCUGUUCUGCCCCCGGCAUCGACGACUUCCCCACCCUGCGAAGCCUCUCCCCGAUCUCUCCCCGCCGUCCCAACGCCCCAAAUAUACCUGGACCGCCUCGCCGCUCCGAGCCGCAUGUCGACAACCACCACGCGGCCCAGCUCUGUCGACGCCGUGUGGCAGACCCUGUGAUUGAUAUUGAGGCUCUCCACGCCUGCCAAAAGUCAUGACGGCCAUGCUGUCGCUCCCCCGAGACACCGCGCCCUUCCAACGCUCGCCCUCGUCGUCGUCGCUCGCCUACGACGCCUACUCGCCGCUCCGCAAGAACCAGUACUCGCUGCCCGACCUGCGCUCGCCCUCACUGAGCUCCUCACGCACCUCGUCGCUCUACUCGACGCCCUGCAGCAGCCUGUCGCUCGACACAAAGUCGGACGACUCGGGCAGCGACGAUGAUGGCCUGUCGUUUCCCAACUACAGCUCGGCACGCCAGCACGACAAGAGCACGCUGUCGACGGAUGCAGCCUCAUUAAAACCCUCAAGUGCUUCGAUGCAGUCCCCGGCGCCACCCUCUCCUUCGCCCACGGAGGGCUUUUCGCCCGACUCACCGCUAACCACGCCGGACCCUCUGCCAAUGUCCGAGGAUGACACGGCCGUGCGCAAGAAGCCCUCACACCAUGUCGACUACCUCUCGUACGAGUGGCGGGAAGAAGACAUUUGGUCAUCGUGGCGGCACAUUGUCGAGCACCGCAACAUCUACGGCGAGCGCUCUAGACUGGAAAAUGCCUCGUGGCGAACGUGGGCCAAGGCCCAGUUUAAGCUAAAGACGGUGUCGCCCGAAACACUGAAUUGGCUGAAAGACGUCGACGUGACAUGGCUGUACGGCCCACUGCAGCCCGCGUCAAACCGCUUUUUCUCACAGCAAAAUUCAGAGCCGCAAAGCCGCCUGUCCAAGACGAAUUCAUUUGUCAAUGGCGUCAAGAAGCCGAUUCUCAAGAAGCGGAGCAUGUCUGAGGCAAUGCUGCAAAAGUCAAUCUCGUCGUCGUCGUUGGUCCAGCAAGCGGCCGAGUCGGUGCAGGCCCAGCGAACAACCGGUGUGACGCUGGACCUGCGGAGGCCUCGACCAAUCAUCGGCCGAGUCACUCCCGACUUCCCCACAUCGUCCACCCUGUCCCGAGGCCACUUCUCAGAAGGAACCGACUACUUUUCUUCAAAGUCCACCUCGGAGCUGCACACGCCGGAUCACGGAGAAAAGCGCCACAUCCGAUUCGACGACAAGGUAGAGCAGUGCAUUGCCGUCGAGUGCAAAGAAGCCGACGAUGAAGAGGACGACUGCAACCACAAUCCCUGGGCAAAGUACCAGGACAAUGAUUCUUCGUCUGACGAAGGCGUCGUCAUGAUGAAGCGAUCACGUAGAAAGAAGCCGCUGUCGCGCACAGCGUCGACGGCCAGCAUCAGUGGUGACAACAAGACCAUUGCCAAGCUGCCAUCCACGACGCUCAAGUAUCGCACCGACUCGCCAGAUGUGCCCGAGACGCAGCAAUCACAUUCGCUUGGAUUCUGGAAGCCGCGUGGGCUGUCUCCAUCGCCAUCUUCAGAAACACUGAAGCCUUCGAAUCCCUCACGGAACUUUCUGCUUGCCGAGGACGACGAAGAGGGCGAAGAGUAUUUUGAUCCUGCCAGUGCAUACGGCACAAACCGAUCAAGUACACCAGCGGGCUCCGAGCCUUACUCAUUUCGACGCAGCGAAUCAUCAGCAUCGCUGCAAAGUGGCCAACUUCGAAGGACACCAUCGGGCAUGUUUAUGCCGUUUGGAGACGAAGAGGAAGAGCCGCUGCCGCCCUCAUUGUUAGGCAGGGUGGUUGACACAGUAAAUACUGCACGAGAUAUAGGUCAUGUUAUAUGGAAUGCGGCAUGGAGUAACUAGGACUUUGACUUUAGCGCAUGGCGUUCGGGACUUGUACUAUUCUUACGGACAGGACUGGGGCAAAGAGCAUACUACACACUCGGGUUGCACCUGACGGCCUGGCUAGGCGGCGGUGUUUUGAUAUAUAUAUAUCUCGAUUGCAAUGUUGCUUAUGAAUGCAUCCGUGGGCCUAUAGCAAUGGCUCCGUCAUUAAUGGCAAUGCAUGAGUUAAUUCACAGAAUGGUCGCCUGUAAGCGUGCGUGGAGCCUUGAGAUGGCAUUGGGGACUAAUAGGCUUACCAUAAUUACGGAGUCGCGCGGCUGAACCGGGCUGUGUGGGUGGUGCCAGGCGACGAUGCCAAGGGUCUGCCUGUCUUUCAGCGGCCGUGCGACGUCUCAUUUGAUUACUCCAAUUGUGACCUCGUCUCUAGCUACCCGGUAGCUUGAAGAGACGUGUACCAUGUACGCGAGGGCCUGUUGCCGCA